UGCCUCGCCGCUGCCCGCGCCCCACGCGCCUCCCGGGCACGCGCUCCCAGCCCCGCCUGCGCGCGCGCGCCCUCCCGUACCCCCGCGGCGGACGCACGGCCACGAGCGCGCGUGCGCCUCUCAGGACGUCCGCGGGAGCCGAGCCAGAGCGAGCGCAGGGCCGGGCGCGCAGGAGUGAAAAGGAGGCGGCGGCUGCGGCUGCGAGCAACAGAUCCGGGCGCUGCGAGCUCACCCGCUCUGCUGUUGGGCGAUUUUUUUUUUUUGUAAUUUUCCCCAAACCUUUUAAUUUAGAACACCUUGCAUUUUUAAUGGCGCUGGCCCUGGGUCAGCGGGCGGUUUUCUCUGCUUCAAGAUGGGCUUUGCCGUUUCCGUCGUGGGCACCAGUGGUGGUCUGAUUGUCAGCCUUCCCCGGGCAUUUUUAAGGCCAGGAGCCGAGCGCUGCUUGUAGGCGCAUCACCCUACGGAGCGGUUUGGCUUUUGAAAUUAUUGUUAUUAUUUCGGGCAGAGAACAGUCGACCUCGGGCACUUCGUCCUCUUUGCAGGAGAGGCUGCGAGUGUGAAAUUCCUCCCGGGGUGAGGCAGCCCGGUCCCGCGCACAGUCCAGGCGGCCCAGCGUGUGCGUCCCGUCCCCGCCGGCGCCGGGAAAAUGGAGGCUGUGAUUGAGAAGGAAUGCAGCGCGCUCGGAGGCCUCUUCCAGACCAUCAUCAGCGACAUGAAGGGGAGCUACCCAGUUUGGGAAGAUUUCAUAAACAAAGCGGGGAAACUGCAGUCCCAGCUUCGGACAACAGUAGUAGCAGCAGCUGCCUUCUUGGACGCCUUUCAGAAAGUGGCCGACAUGGCUACCAACACACGUGGCGGAACCAGGGAGAUCGGCUCCGCCCUCACCCGGAUGUGCAUGCGGCACAGGAGCAUCGAGGCCAAGCUGAGGCAGUUUUCGAGUGCUUUAAUCGAUUGUCUGAUAAACCCACUUCAAGAACAGAUGGAAGAAUGGAAGAAAGUGGCCAACCAGCUGGAUAAAGACCACGCAAAAGAAUAUAAAAAAGCUCGUCAAGAGAUAAAGAAGAAGUCCUCAGAUACACUGAAACUGCAGAAGAAAGCAAAGAAAGGGAGGGGCGACAUCCAGCCGCAGUUGGACAGCGCGCUCCAGGACGUCAACGACAAGUACCUCCUGCUGGAGGAGACCGAGAAGCAGGCCGUCCGCAAGGCGCUGAUCGAAGAGCGCGGCCGGUUCUGCACCUUCAUCUCGAUGCUGCGGCCCGUGAUCGAAGAGGAAAUCUCCAUGCUGGGGGAGAUCACGCACCUGCAGACCAUAUCUGAAGACCUCAAGAGCCUGACCAUGGACCCCCACAAGCUGCCCUCCUCCAGUGAGCAGGUGAUCUUGGACCUGAAAGGUUCUGACUACAGUUGGUCGUACCAGACGCCGCCCUCGUCCCCCAGCACCACCAUGUCCCGCAAGUCAAGUGUCUGCAGCAGCCUGAACAGCGUGAACAGCAGCGACUCGCGCUCCAGCGGCUCGCACUCGCACUCGCCCAGCUCCCACUACCGCUGCCGCAGCUCCAACCUGGCCCAGCAGGCGCCCGUGCGGCUGUCCAGCGUGUCCUCGCACGACUCGGGCUUCAUAUCCCAGGACGCCUUCCAGUCCAAGUCACCGUCCCCCAUGCCGCCCGAGGCCCCCACCCAGAACUCGUCCAGCUCGGCCUCCUCGGAAGCCUCCGAAACCUGCCAGUCAGUGAGCGAGUGCAGCUCGCCCACCUCGGUCAGCUCAGGCUCCACCAUGGGCGCCUGGGCCUCCACAGAGAAGUUGUCUAACGGGUUUACUCACUAUAGUUUAUCAAGUGAGUCCCAUGUGGGGCCCGUGGGGGCAAGCCUUUUCCCUCAUUGCCUGCCUGCCUCCCGCCUGCUCCCUCGGGUCACCUCUGUCCACCUUCCAGACUACGCUCAUUAUUACACCAUUGGGCCCGGCAUGUUCCCGUCAUCUCAGAUCCCUAGCUGGAAGGACUGGGCCAAGCCAGGGCCUUAUGACCAGCCUCUGGUGAACACCCUACAGCGCCGCAAAGAGAAGCGGGAGCAGGACCCAAGCGGAGGAGGACCCGCCGCCGCGGGUGGCCCGUCUGCUGCUGCCGAGGAGGCUCAGAGACCACGGAGCAUGACCGUGUCCGCUGCCACCAGGCCUGGCGAGGAGAUGGAGGCUUGUGAGGAGCUGGCCCUGGCCCUGUCGCGGGGCCUCCAGCUAGACACCCAGAGGAGCAGCCGGGACUCGCUGCAGUGCUCCAGUGGCUACAGCACCCAGACCACCACCCCCUGCUGCUCAGAGGACACCAUUCCCUCCCAAGUUUCAGAUUACGAUUAUUUCUCGGUAAGUGGUGACCAGGAGGCAGACCAGCAGCAGGAGUUUGACAAAUCCUCCACCAUCCCGAGGAACAGCGACAUCAGCCAGUCCUACCGACGGAUGUUCCAGGCCAAGCGCCCGGCCUCAACUGCUGGCCUCCCCACCACCCUCGGACCUGCCAUGGUCACCCCAGGGGUUGCAACCAUCCGACGGACCCCUUCCACCAAGCCUUCUGUCCGCCGGGGGACCAUCGGAGCCGGGCCCAUCCCCAUCAAGACACCCGUGAUCCCUGUGAAGACCCCAACCGUCCCAGACCUCCCUGGGGUGUUGCCAGCCCCUCCGGAUGGGCCAGAGGAGCGGGGUGAGCACAGCCCCGAGUCGCCAUCUGUGGGUGAGGGCCCCCAGGGGGUCACCAGCAUGCCGUCCUCACUGUGGAGCGGUCAAGCCUCCGUCAACCCUCCCCUUCCAGGCCCGAAGCCAAGUAUCCCCGAGGAGCACAGACAGGCGAUCCCAGAGAGCGAGGCCGAAGACCAGGAGAGGGAUCCCUCCAGUGCCACUGCCUCCCCGGGCCGGGCUCCAGAGAGUGAGCCCGCAGACCUGAGCCCCAGGGAGGCCCCGCAAGGAGAAGACAUGCUGAACGCCAUCCGAAGGGGCGUGAAGCUGAAGAAGACCAUGACCAAUGACCGCUCGGCCCCUCGCUUCUCUUAGGCUCACGGAAAUGCUGCCAGUGGGGAAUGAACUGUUUAAUUAAUAAAACCUAAUUUGUCUUAUCCAUUCCAAUCUAUAAUCAAACAAAAGAUUUUGUAGGCAACUCAAAAUACACCUCUUUUGAAAGUACUCGACACCUUUAGAUAAGAAUUAAAAGCAACAUAUGUAACUGACAUAACCUUGAUCUUUUAAUUUGUAAAUAUUGACAAUUUUCUUUCUGCACAUUUAAAAUUAGUUUCCCUUUUGAUUUUUCUGAAGGUGCCAAAUUCCACUUAACUUUUUUAUAAGUCUUUGUAAAAUUUUAAAUGCAUAAGGGGGGAGGGCUCAGGGCAGGGGAACCACGAAGUAGUUAAUUUCAGAAAAUAGGGGGAUCUUUUUCUUUUUUUCCUGCAAGCUUUUGUAGAUGCAUUGUAGAAGUCUGGCUUAGAAGCAAAUUCAAGUUAUUUUAAUGUACAAACAAAAAGGUAAGAGGUAAACUCUUCAUUUAAAUACACGAUGUUCUGAAUGAGCAAAGCAGAUGAGCACUAUUCGGAGUGAAGUGAAUCUGGAGGGUAGACUGUUGGGAUUGGGGGGAGGGCCAUGGGAGGGGCACUGUCAACAUAGCCGACCUGUCACAUUUAAGAGUAGCCUCGUAGGUUGAAUUUCUAGUAGCUUCAUGGUUAAUGCAUCCGAAUAAGCCAUACUGGAUUGCAGUGUUUGUUUCUGUAAGGUGUUUAAGGACUUCCUUUCUCCCACGAUUCCUCUUGACUGCACACAGCACCCACCUCCAAUCCUGUGCAUGCUGCCACCACCGGGUAGACAUAGAAUUUAUCCCCCACUUAGUUCGUCUGUUAUACCCACUUUCAUCGAAUCCAGAUGCAUCCAAAAGGGUAAGGCAGUUUCAAAAAUGUGAAAACAUUUAAACAUGAUAGCAGGGAAUUCUUAGAUAAAGCAAAUGCCUUUUACUUAACUGUGCCCAGCAGGCUGGGUGCAUUGAAAAGCCCAAAUAUUUUGAAAAAACUCUGAGCGGAUUUAACAAGAGUAACCAGCUUAGCAUCCAGCAACUUGCCAAUGUGUUUACCAAUCCGGGGGCUUGUUUUUCUUAAUUGGCUUCAUACUAAACAAGAGGAGGAUUGAUUUAUUGUCACUCGGAAUCUGACCACUAGACUGUCCCUCUUUUUGUACUUUAGGUAAUGUUUUUUGGAAUGGAUUUAUGUCUUUUCUUCUUUAAGUGAAAGUUAAAUUUGUUACAAUGCCCGUCCCCUAAAGCCAACAGGGAUUUGCAGAUUUAGAGGGUCUUGUUGGGAGAAUAUAAACACGAAGAAGAAAGCAAUUCCUAGUAGCGGGGUCAGCUGACAGUGCCCCCUGUGACCGGACCUGUCAAGGGAUGAUAGGAGCUUGGUGGGUCCCACAGACCCUGCAGGUUCCUGUUGGCUCCUUUCUUCAAUCACAUAAUCUUAUGCUUUAACACAUAACUGCAUUGGAUGUGAGAGUAACGUACCUGUAUAGUCAUUAAUUCUAUAUAUUGACAUUUAACACUGCUGUGAUUGCUCAAGGACAUUUUAUGUUAUGGCUUUAAAGCAAAGGCAUGAUUAUUAGAAACUAUUUAAGCUUUUUUUUCUUUGAAAAACAAGCUCCUUUUACAGAAUAUAAGCAACAGUAGUGCCUGUGGUUUAGCCCACCAAUCUCAAUGACUAAAAAGUAGCUGAUGCAUUGUGCAUAUGAUGCUUGAGAUGGUUUUUGCAAAAGCAGAAAUCACUGCAAGGUAAUUACAAUAGAUAAGAGUGGUAUUUUAAAUCUUUGAAAUAAAUGGAUGUAACUGUACCUCGGUACAGCUUUUCACUGUUUAGUUUUUAAACGUUAGUAUAAUCUGAAGAAACUUAAUAUAAAAUGUUGCCAAAUUGACUGUAGAAAGAAUGUGACAAAACACCCUGGGUAGUCCUGUUUGUGUUUUUGCAUAUUGUAAAAGCAGUGUCACAGCUACAAUAAAGAAAUCGUUUCUAAAGGUAAAUUAUUGUGGUUUAGUUGCUAGUUUGUACUGAGAGUUGACCUCUCGCUGUGCAGUUUUUUGUUCUAAACUUGUAUAAAUAACAACUGUGUGAUGUGUUUCCCUUCUAUCUUGUAACAAUUGCUUCAGCCUACAUUAUAAAUAAAGAACCACUAGAA